AUGUUCACAAUGCCUUAUAACAACGUUAUUUUGACACUUCUUGUUAUAUGUUGGUUAUGUUCAAUGGGCAAUUCUGCUAGUAUAGCAUCGAAAAUACCAAUACAAUCGCAUAUUACUGGUGGAUAUAAAAAUUCUUUAACGAAAAAGAAUGAUAUAUCUAAAUUGGACUGCAGUCAAUUCAACAAUGAUUAUGAUGUUCUUCAACAAUUUCCUUUUCCAGUUUUACUUAAUCCAAUCCGACACCUAUAUAAUCAAAGUACAGCUACUAUGGAUGAAAAUAAUAUUUUCGUUAAAAAGAUUUAUAUCCAUGAAGAAGAAGUAGUUCCAUUGAGUGUAUUUUGUUUAUCAAAACUUGACACAUUGUCUAUUGUCAUGACACCUUUUGAAAAUGAUAUUGUACCAGAUGCUUUACUAAAUUUAAAACUACUGAGUAGUUUUUGGAUUUAUAAUUCAUCUAUUUUAAAAAUUCCAGAACAAUUAGGAACACUUAAUAAUCUUGGAACGUUAAUUUUCGAUAAUUGUUCAUUAACUCAUUUCCCAAACCUUAGUAAACUUGAAAACUUAUGGAUAAUUGAGAGAUGUACUGAUGUUAUUUUAUGUUCAAGUGAUAACAUUAUUGUUAUGAUUCUUAUGUCCUUUAAUUUCUAA